CUCUCUAUUCACUGCUUUCACCCUCUCAGUCUCUCACCACUUCCUCAUCAAACAAAUCCCGCUUCUUCUGCUCUGCAGCUCCUUUCUCUUCUUUCUCCACCUUCCUGUAUUUGGGUCUGGUUUUCUCUUCUUGGGUGUGCAUACACUUUCAGUUUUUCUGUACGCAAAAUCUCACUUCCUGAAAAUUGAUCUGGGUUUAUCAUUUUGCUUUUUGUGUGAUCUUUCUGCCUUUGAAUCUGAUAUAGGGUUUUAGGGUUUAUGCUUCUACAAUCCAAGAUCUAAUCUUUUCAAAUUGCUUAUCGCACGUCCCUCUUGUUUUGGAAAGUUUCCCCCUUUCACAGAUUCCUCAACUUAUAUAUGCUUGUUUCAAAAGCACACUGAGAUUCCCUUCCAAAUGCAACUCCUCCUUGAUUAAUUCAUUAAAGACCUCCACUUCUCUGCAUUUCCUAUCUGGGUUUUCUCUCUCUUUGAGCUUUAUAUCAAAGAGAGAGAGCAAAGUUACGCCAUUACUUCCCUAUUCUAUGCGUUUCAAUACAAACACUUAUAUAGGAACCAACAUGUACAGGGGAAUUGAAGUUCUUUCUCCAGCCUCCUAUAUCCAGAACUCGAAUUGGUUGUUUCAAGAAAGCAAAGGAACCGAGUGGACCGCUGAAGAGAACAAGAAAUUUGAAAAUGCUCUGGCUCUUUAUGACAAGGACACCCCCGAUCGAUGGCAAAAGGUAGCUUAUUUGAUCCCUGGAAAGACCGUAGGCGAUGUGAUCAAGCAGUACAAGGAGUUGGAAGAAGAUGUGAGUGAUAUUGAGGCUGGUCUUAUCCCAAUUCCUGGGUAUUCCAGUAAUAAUUCUUUCACAUUGGAGUGGGUUGACGAUCAAGGCUUCGAUGGAUUGAAGCAAUAUUAUAGUGUUGGUGACAAGAGAGGCUCGUCAACUCGGCCUUCUGAGCAAGAAAGGAAAAAAGGUGUACCAUGGACUGAAGAAGAGCACAGGCAAUUUCUGAUGGGACUGAAAAAGUAUGGUAAAGGUGACUGGAGAAAUAUAUCUAGAAAUUUUGUGACCAGUAGAACACCUACCCAAGUAGCAAGUCAUGCACAAAAGUACUAUAUCAGGCAACUUACAGGAGGCAAAGACAAGAGGAGGUCUAGCAUUCAUGACAUCACAACCAAUAAUCUGUCAGAUACCAAAUCUGGAUCACUAGGGAGUAGUCAGAGUACUACUAAUAGAUCUCCUUCACAAGAUCAUGAUUCUUCAGUUGUGGUUCAGUCACAACAGCAACAUCCAAAGGUGAGUAACAAUACUCAGCAAUUUGACUGGAAAGUGUCGAAUGAGGGUCCGCAUAUGGUCUUCAAUUCAAUGAAUGGGAGUGCGAUCCUUGGACCUUUCUUUGGAAUUUCUUCUCAUGCACCUAAGCUUGAGGAGCAAGAUUUCUUCAGUGGCCGUUCCUUUCAUGGAUCUCAGUUUGAUCAUCACAAUGCGCGUUUUGAGAUGCAAUAUCAGUGAAGCUAUAUGUAUCACCUCUAUGUAUCCAUAGGUCGGAGGUUGGAGUGCUAGAGGUGCCAAAUUGCCAGUCUUAAUUGUGUGAGAGCUCACAUCGUUCGAUUUAUCUACGUAGAAUCAGUUGCAGCUAGUGGUUGUGGUUUAAUUCAAACAAGUUGGUCUUGACUUCGAUUGACUAAUCGUUAGUUUUAGAUUCUACAGAAUUAGUUCAUUGUGAUUUAAGAUAUUUCAAGUUCUGAAGUCUUAUCCAAUAGAGGGAGUUUGUUUAUAUCAAGCUUGAGCUUUUAUCACUUGUGAUUUUCUGGUUGUAUGCUUAUGUGUUUCAGAUGGGGUUGUUAAGAAUAGUCGAACUGAAAUUGAGUUUUGCA